AUGCGCUUCACAGAAAUGUGGCUGUGUGAAUGGAUACCGGACUCUGCACUGCAGGUGGCAGUAUUCCAGCUUUUAAUAGCGAACCGCAACACUAAGCUUUCAGGCAAGACGGAAGAUGGAUACCGGACCCAGCGGCUCCUCCGGGAGCAGCUCCGCCGACCCGGUUCGGGAUCUCGUCGCCGCGCUGCAAGCCGCCUUUCCAACAGCCGCGGCUCGAACAACCCCCCCUGCGGUUACCGGCAGUCCCAUGGCGCCCCGGGACGCUGGAGAAGCGCCGGAGUGCCGCGCUUCCUGCUCCAGGUGAACCUCUACAUAGAGAUGCAACCGCAGCGGUUCCCAUCCGAACGGUCCAAGGUAGCGUUCUUUAUUUCUCUACUUUCCGGGAGAGCGCUAGCUUGGGCACAAUCGCUGUGGGACUCGGAGAGCCCAGUAUUAAACACCUACGCUUUGUUUACCGCGCACUUCCUGGAAGUUUUCAGCGCCGCCUCCGGGGUCCUAACCACCGCCGACCAGCUGCUCAGUUUGCGACAGGGGAGUGAUGACAUCACGGCUUACAGCCUGCGCUUCCGCACACUGGCGGCAUCUAGUGGUUGGAACGAGUCAGCGCUUCUGGGCAUAUAUCGAGUGGGACUCACACCAGAAAUUAAACAGGCAAUGGCGAUCUAUGACGACAGGAUGGGGCUGGAGGAGUUCAUAGGAAAGUCCAUCGGCCUUUCACAGCGGCUCGCGGCAUGCCCACCGAUACACCAUCCCUCAGGGACCCAUCCUGCAACCACCCCGGCUUCCGAUCCCGAACCAAUGCAGCUGGGCUCACAAAGGCUGUCCAGGAGAGAGAAACAGCCGAUUGGCCACCGGAAAGUGCCUGUACUGCGCCUGCCUCGACCGCCUUGGCUCCCCGAGAGAGGGCUCCCAGGACUUAGCCGUCCAGACCAUCCAGGGCCGCCCACUGGGAAGGGGCUGGGUGAAGUACUGUGCGCCAGUUGUCACCCUCCAGGUGGGGCUGUUCCAUCGGGAGGACAUCCGGUUCAUGGUACUCGACGACUCUACAGUCAGUGUGAUCUUGGGACGGCCCUGGUUACAACAACACGCCCCACGGUGUUCCUGGGACCCGUCGACAUUCUAGAGUGGAGUGCACACUGCCGGGAAAACUGCCUCUCCCAGCUACCCACACGGGUCCAUAAGGUCGUGGUCGGUGCCACCAGGGUGGAAGAAGCCACCACAAAGACCCAGGCGGCGAUUCCUGUGGAAUACCAGGCAUUCAAGGAUGUGUUUUGUGCCAAAGCAGCCACUCGUCUUCCCCCUCACCGGCCUGGGGAUUGCUGCAUCGACCUGCUUCCUGGGGCUAAGCUGCCCAAGGGCCGUGUCUAUCCCCUAUCCGCUCCUGAACAUCGAGCUAUGGAGGAGUACGUCCAACAGGCGCUCCAGCAGGGGUUCAUCACCCAAUCCACCUCACCGGCAGCCUCAAGCUUUUUCUUUGUGGGAAAGAAGGACGGGGGUCUUCGUCCAUGCAUCGACUACCGGCAGCUAAACGCCCAGAUCGCUCCUCUCCCUUAUCCCCUCCCUCUCGUACCGUCAGCUCUGGAGGACCUAAGGGAGGCUAGGGUAUUCUCCAAACUCGACCUCCGGAGCGCAUACAACCUAGUACGCAUCAGAAGAGGAGACGAAUGGAAGACCGCCUUCAUUACACCCUCAGGGCACUACGAGUACCGGGUCAUGCCGCACGGCCUGAUCGCUCCGGCAGUGUUCCAGGGGUUCAUGAACGAGGUGCCGCCCUUCCUCCAGAAGUGUGUCAUGGUCUACAUCGAUGACAUCCUGAUCUACUCACGUAACCUGGAGGAGCACCAUCGUCACGUGCUUGACGUACUAGGGGCACUUCGUUCCCACCAGCUCUAUCUGAACCUCUCCAAGUGCGAGUUCCACCUGGACGAGAUACAGUUCCUGGGCUACGUGAUUAGUGCACGGGGAAUACAGAUGGAUGAAGGCAAGGUGAAGGCUGUAAGGAACUGGCCCGUUCCUGAGUCAAUCAAAGAGCUCCAACGGUUCCUGGGCUUUGCUAACUUCUAUCGUCGGUUCAUCCAGGGUUACAGCCAGAUCACGGCACCCCUCACGACCCUCCUCAGGGGUAAAGCACGGACCCUGAGAUGGACCCCAGAGGCUCAGGAGGCUUUCGACGAGCUCCGCCAGCGUUUCUGCCUCGCCCCUGUGUUACGUCAUCCAGAUCCCCGGAGACCGUUUGUGGUCGAAGUCGACGCCUCCUCCACCGGCGUAGGGGCGGCUCUCUCCCAGCUAUCAGGCAACCCGCCACAGCUCCAUCCCCGCGCUUACUUCGCAUAA